GGGCUAAUCUCUCUGUGGCUGAAGUGAUGGAUUCUGGGACUAGUCUGCAAGUGUUGUGUAAGCGCAUCGAGAUGGCGGUGAUCGCCGCCCAGCCGGAUGAUACCACUCCUCCGCCACAUCUGGUACCGGCUGGCGGUGAGGAGUAUGCGGUUUAUACCAACGAAUCUCUCUGGACUGCCGCUGUAUGCGAUUGGUUGUUGGCGGCGAGUACUCCCCUAGAGACGACUCGGGUUCAAUCCGCGGUUGGGGCGAUUGUUAAGAAGCACCCUUCCUUACGGUCAUACCCAGCAGAUAAGCAGAUGGAUGAGACCAUCAGUGUCCUUACUAAGGCUAGCGCCUACUUCCAUCUGCGAGGCUGGGGGAAGGAAUCAAAAUUCGGCACACUGCUCAGCUGGUGCGUGUGCGAACUGUGGCCGAGAAUCGCGGUUAAGGCUGAUGACGAGGGGCCGAGGGUUAUUGAGUGCACGUAUGAUAUGAGCGAAGCGAAGGAUGUCGUGCGAUGCACUGAUCGCCUUUGGAGGGAGUACCCGUUCGAGCCACCAUUCCAAGUUUUCCUACUGCGGCCUGCAUCAGGGGAGGGUGCGAAUUAUCUGUACAUUAAGACCACCCAUUUGCUGUCGGAUGGCUACUGUGUAUUGCCGCUGGUGAUGGAUUUUGAGAGGUUCAUCAACGAGCCGGAGGAGAGCCCAGUGGAGCUCAACCCGUACUGCAUACUCCAGAAGCGACUUAGAGAUACUAUCGAGAUGAAACCGGGCAUAGCUAGCGGAUAUAAUUUCGAGCAGCAGAUGGAGAAGUGGCAGAGUUGGGAUCGGGGGACGAUCAAACGACGGACUUUAUGGCUGGAGAAAG